AUGACGUCUAACAUAGGAAAGCUGGCCGCCUUGGUGCUGCUGGCACUAAUGGCAGGGCACAGCCUUGCUGCUCCGAGCUUCCGCGCAGCUCAGCGACGCCUAUCAUCCAGCGCCUACGCCUCUGCCGUCGCUACCUCCGAUGGAAGUGGCCCGCCCUCGAUCGCUUCAACGUCAUCUGUGGCUGGACCUGGGCAGGACGUGAGCUCUAGCGUCGUCGUUUUCAACGGCGAGACAAAGGUUAACACCUCCACCACGACGAAGACAACGACGACAAGCGCGACGACGCAGCAACAGACGCCCAACCCCACCUGGGACGCUGCGCCAGCCUGCACCGAGAACGCAAUUGGCGAUGUAGUUGUCGACUUCACCGGCCACAGUUGGCGCUUCGAAAAUGGCAAGAGCUGCGCCGUCCGCGGCAACGGCAUUACACUUGCUUCGCAUGUCCAGCCUUCUGACAACCCUGCCGCCACUACAGCCGCCACUACAGCCGCAACGGAGCUCCCAGCGGAUUUCGUGGCUGCGCCCGCGUGUCGUCAGCAAACGCUCUCCAGCGCCACCGCCGAUGCCAGCGGACGCAAGUGGGGCUGGGAGGACGGCAAAUCUUGUGCCUUCAAGGACGAGAACGGGCGGCCCAUUAUUAAUCUGCUUGUCAAGCCCACCAACCGGCGUCUCCUAGGAGCAAGCGCAUACGCCUCCGCCUCAGCCAGCGCCUCCGCCCUUGCCAGCUCAGCCGGCCCCAGAAACUCUGUAUCCGCCUUCGCUGCCGCCAAUUCAGCUGGUAGCUCGCAAUCGUCGGCAGCCGCGACCGCCGGAGCGGACGUAGACGCUGGUGACGUGAAUGGCGAUAUGUUUGGCGGCAAUGCUGGAGGUACCAGCGGUGUUUCAGCAUCCGGCUCAGGCGCUGGUGCGGCCGCCGACGGCAAGGCUUCCUCCGCCGCUGGCGCAACCUCAGGCGCUGGUGCGGCCGCCGACGGCAAGGCUUCCUCCGCCGCUGGCGCAACCUCAGGCGCUGGUGCGGCCGCCGACGGCAAGGCUUCCUCCGCCGCUGGCGCAACCUCAGGCGCUGGUGCGGCCGCCGACGGCAAGGCUUCCUCCGCCGCUGGCUCGACUUCAGGCGCGGGUGCGGCCGCCGACGGCAAGGCUUCCUCCGCCGCUGGCGCAACCUCAGGCGCUGGUGCGGCCGCCGACGGCAAGGCUUCCUCCGCCGCUGGCUCGACUUCAGGCGCGGGUGCGGCCGCCGACGGCAAGGCUUCCUCCGCCGCUGGCUCGACUUCAGGCGCGGGUGCUGGUGCGGCUGCCGACGGCAAGGCUGCCUCCGCCGCUGGAUCAACCGCCGACGGCAUCUCGGGCGCCGCAGGUGGAUCGGAGGGCAAGGCCGCUUCAGUACCCUCCUGUUCCGCCGCACCGGCGAAGGAUAACUCCAUUUCGAGCUCUGCCUCCCCCUCACCCGCUACCGCAUCCGCCACUCAAGCUGCUGCUGCCGAUUCCGCUGCCAAGGCUGCUGGAAGCUCCUCAGCGACCACAGCAGCCAACGCUGCAUCGUACGAUUCGGCACCGGUCUGCUCUCCUGCCGUACAGCGGUCCAGCACCACUGCUGAUGGUAAUGGCCGUCUGUGGGGCUGGGAGAACGGACAUUCUUGCCGCUUCGACUCCGCUGCCAACGCUGACUCCGCUUCGACUGCCGCUGCCAACGCUGAUUCCGCUUCGACUGCUGCUGCCAACGCUGACGCCUCCGCCUCCUCGCGUACAGCGGCAUCCCAGCCGGCCGCCACCCGUCUUUCGCCAACCCCUGCUGCUUCUGCCGCGGGUAAAUCCGUCUCAACCGAGAGCUCGCCUUCGCCUAAUCCACCGGCUAACGCUGAUGCUGCCGCUGCGGCAGCUGCACAGCAAUGGCCCUCGACCACUGGCGGCUCUGCCUCCGCCGACGCUUCCGCCAAAGCGUCCGAUAAUGCGGCUACCAACCCCGCGCAGCCUCCUGCUAAUGCUAAGGCCACCGCUGCAGGCGCUUCUCAGCUACCAUCUAGCGCUCCGUCUCCAGCAGCAGGGGCCACUAGUUCCGCUACGCCUGGUGUUACAGACGCUUCUGCCGCUGUCCAGUUCGCAGCACACGCCGAGGCUACCGCGUCUGCCAAGGCAGCCGCGUCCUCUGGUGCUGUCGCCGCUGCACAAGCCUCCGGCAACGCGCAGGCGACUGCAACAGCUGAGGCGCAGGCGGCUGCUGACUCCGUUUCAGCGGCUGCUCAUGCGGAUGCGAUGGUGUCGCUGACGGCAGAUAACAGCAGCGCGGCCCCGGCUGUUGCGGAGGCCAAGUCUUCCGCUGUUGCCUCUUCAGGCCCUGCAAGGCAGCGCCGUAUGAUGGCUCGGCGGUGA